AAUAUAAGAUGGACAAGUCGUCCCACCAUGAAUUAUCUCAACAUCAUUCUCUCAAUUCACUCUCCGUCGAGCACUUGCAUCUUCCUUCAAAGGCCAAAGCCUUUCGUCUUCCAUUUCUUGGGUUGUUUUAUUUUUUGUUUGUCUGCGACAAUUGAAAAUAUUUUCAAUACUUUUUACAUUCCUUGAGAUACUUUCAGUGAAAGACCGAAUACCAUUCCUUUAUCGACACAUUAAAAACUAUCGAAUUCUUUGACCUAGAACAAUCAAUUCUUUGAAUAGGGUACGUGAAACAAUUUUCGCUUCCCUGUUAUCAUUACGGAUCUUCUUGUAAUUUCGAAAGUCCUUUGUGAUUUUAUCUCAUUUUGUCUUUGUUUUCCUACACGUUUAUACUGCCGUUGUUCUAUGAGACAAUAGAAUUCGGUUAUUACACAUUUUAUUGUGAAUAUUCUCUCUCUGUUGAAGUGUCAUAGGAGAAGGUGAAUAAUCCAAAUAAUCUAUUCUAUUACUGUUCCUUUAUAUUCAUAACAAUAAACAAUCAUUUCUUUAUUGUUAUGAUUCUAUUUCGAUUGUGUUAUUUCGAGAACAUUCAGCCUCCUCGAGAGAUAUAAACUCGACAUUCCGACUGACCUCGACUUUUUUUUUCAUUCCAGAUAUCAACCACAUCCAUUUACUACAAAUUCAUAACGAUCUUUCGAAAUCAUCAACGAUCUUUCAACUACACAAAUAGUAAACACUAUACUAUACAACAUACACAAAGAUUUUUCCGUCAGGCACGAUAAAAGUCUACAAACACUCAGUCAUCAUGUUUUCCAAAGCAACCAUCGUAGCAAUUGCUCUCGCAACCGUCAGCAGUGCCCACAUGAUCAUGACCAGUCCAGUACCAUACGGAGUCGACACCCUCAACAGUUCUCCCUUGGCUGCAGAUGGAUCCGACUUUCCAUGUAAACAACGAUCUGGAGUCUACGAAGUCACCACUCAAAACAGCAUGGAUCUCGGUGGUUCAUACGAUCUCGCAUUCAAAGGUAGUGCCGUGCACGGAGGAGGAUCUUGUCAAGUUUCCAUCACCUACGAUGAGAACCCAACUAAAGACAGUACAUUCAAAGUCAUUCACUCCAUCAUCGGUGGCUGCCCCAUGCGCAACAUCGCUGGAAACAAUGGUGAUAACGCCAACGCCAUCGAUCCAGAUACAUACAAUUUCACGAUUCCCACCACUCUCCCAGCAGGUAAAGCAACACUCGCCUGGACUUGGUUCAACAAGAUCGGCAAUCGAGAAAUGUACAUGAACUGCGCACCCGUAACUUUAAGCGGCGGUUCUAGCAAACGUCACGAGCUCAUCGAACGCGAUCAAGCAGCCUACAAAGCUCUCCCCAACAUGUUCGUCGCGAACAUUGGAGACGGUUGUGGAACCGCUGAUUCUUUGGAUGUCGUUUUCCCUAACCCAGGUGAUUCGGUCGAAUUUGAUGGUGGUGCUACUUCAACAGCUACUGCUGCCCCUACUGGUAAUUGCGCUGCCGCUACAGGUAGUGCUACUUCUCCAAAGACUACUGGAGGGGCUGCCGCUGGAGGAUUUACUACUCCUGUUUCGGUUGGUACUGCUCCGACUGUUCCAGCUGGUACCGCUCCUGAAUCAACUCCUACUUCUCUUCCAGGAGGUGUAUUUGUCACCACUAGCUUGAUCGAUAGCGCUGCUCCCUCAGCAACUUCAGCAACGUCCGCGACUUCAGCAGCUGAAGUCGUUCCCGCCGUCGCUACUACAGCCGUCAGCAUCCCCACACUUGCAACCUCUGCUCCCGCAGCAACAGGUACCGGAAGCUCUUCUUCUUCUUCUUCGUCCUCAUCUACCUCCUCUUCAGGAGCCCUCACAGGCGCUUGCACCGCAAACGGAAUGUUCAACUGUAUCUCCGGUACAUCAUUCCAACAAUGUGCCAGUGGUAUGUGGAGCGUAGCUCAAGAAAUGGCCACCGGAACUACAUGUGGCGUCGGCCAGACCAUGGAUUUGACGAUUGCGAAGAGAAAUGGAAUGGGAUUGAUGCGACAUGUUGUCCGAAGAGGAUUAGGUGGGGAGAUGUUUGUCUAAUUCAAAUUCACUACCUACUUUUGAUGUUUUUCUCAUUUACUCUCAGACUGAUUGUUUGGGAGUUUGAGAUUACACGCUCGGGAGUGGGAGAUGGCUAGAGAUUUGAGAUCGCUGGACUUUCUUGAAUCAUGCGUGUCGAGUCACUUGACUCAUGAGACAUUUUUGGGGAGUCGUCAGUGGAGGUUCUUUUCUUCCUUUCUUUCUAGAAAUUUUCUCUUACUUGCUUUUCUUACUUUGCUUUUUUCCUUGCAAUUUAGCAUGAUAGCAUUUCCACACACACAUACAAGCAUAGCACAGCACAGCGCAGCACAGCGCGCAUUGCAUUCCCACAUUCAUCCGCUACCCUUCUAUUUCCAACAUCACUCACUGCAAUCAUCAUUUCAAUCAUCAAUCAAACACCUUUUUUAAAUUUGUACAUAGCUUUUUCUAUUUUCUUUCCUCUCUACCUCCCUCCCGUGUUGUUCUCUACUUUCCUCUUCCUCGUUUCUCUUUUCUCUUUUCUUGUGAUCCUUACUAUACUACUCUACACACACAACACACACACUACAAACACAACGACAAUAAUGAAUUUACGAUAUGGAUUGAUGGGUGGAUGGAUGGGUGGAUGGAUGGAUGGAUGGAGACGAAAUUUGUAUUUUUCUUUGUGCUUUUCUUUGGUUUGGUCUACUUUUGGGUUUGGGUUUGGGUUUAGGUUUUGUGCAUGACAUGGUUGGUGUUGAGGGUUUUGAUAGUAUGCAGAUGGAGUAUGGAUGGUAUGAGCAUCAUGAAAAAUGAAGAGAGAGAGAUAUGUAGAUACCUAGAUACCUAAAUAAAUGAAAUAAAUAAAAUAGAUAUGAAUGG